AGCCUGAGGAGUUUGGCACUGGAGUGGCUAUGGCUACCGUGGGGGGAAUGGGUCGGAUCGGGGACCGUGGUGCAAGUGAAAAAGAUAAGGAAAUGAAAGCUGAGAGAGGUUAAGCAACUUGCCCAGAGUAAGUUUCUGAAGAGUAUUUGAAUCAAUCUUCCUAACUUCAAACCUUUUUUUUUGAUAUGACCACUGGCCUGCAUUGCUAUAAGGUGAAGUUGUCAAACCUUUUACUCCAGAGAAAGCAAAAGAAAUUAUAAUGUCUUUGCAACAGCCAGCAAUCUUCUGCAACAUGGUUUUUGAUUGGCCAGCCCAACACUGGAAUGCUAAAUACCUUUCAAAGCUCUUAUGUGGAAAGCAGAUACGAUUCAGAAUGGGAAUGAAAAAAAUAGAUACAGUUCCUCAGUUUGAAACUGUGUGCAGUUAUGUAGAUGCUACACUUGAGGAAUUUCUAGCCUGGAACUGUGGCCAAGGUGUUAGCAUUGAUGGGCCAUUUAGCCAUUAUGAUAAUUCCAGAUUCUGGGCUUAUGCUGACUACAAAUAUCUCGCCAGUGUAUUUCAAGAUAAUACAGAUGUUUUGCAGAAUAUAGUAUGGUCUGACUUUGGCUUUCCUGGAAGAAAUGGAAGAGAAAGCACAUUGUGGAUUGGCUCAAUGGGAGCCAACACACCCUGCCAUUUGGACUCCUAUGGUUGUAACUUAGUAUUCCAGGUACAAGGAAGGAAAAGAUGGCAUCUCUUCCCUCCUGAAGAUACUGCUUUUCUUUAUCCAACCAGAAUCCCAUAUGAAGAAUCUAGUGUUUUCAGCAAAGUGAAUGUUGUCAAUCCUGAUUUAAAACACUUUCCUCAGUUUUUGAAAGCUCAAAGACAUAUGGUUACACUGUACCCAGGACAGGUCUUGUUUGUUCCCAGGCAUUGGUGGCAUUAUGUAGAAUCCAUUGACCCCAUCACUGUCAGUAUAAACUCAUGGAUUGAACUGGAGGAGGAUCACCAAGCUCGAGUAGAAGAGGCCAUCACCCGAAUGCUAGUGUGUGCCAUAAAAGCUGCAGAAGAUCCCACUAAUACCAAAACUUGGUUAAACCCUACAGAAGUAGAGGGAACAUCUCAUGAAAUCAAUUGUCAGUACUUAAAUGGAGCCCUUUCUGCUUAUUUGGAACACAAUAAAAUAGCAGAAAGAUUAACACCUACAGAGUUCCAAAAAAAUGGUGAACACAGAGUGGAGACAUCCUUGAAAAAAAGGAAGUUGGAUGCACACAUCAGAGCAAAGAAGAAAAAAUCAUCUUCUCAUAAAUUAGCUACAGGUACAGCUAAGCCCGAGAAGAUUCCCUUUGGCCUGGAUCUAAUUCCAGUAUUACCCAGUCUUCAAGAUGAAUCUUCAGAAAGAGGAAUAGUUGAGAGUGAUGUUAAAGACCUUGUCAAGGAAAAUGAGGGACAGCUGGGGAAAUUAAAUUCUGCAGAAGAGCAAUUAGUAAUGAAUAAAGCUGAGACACCACUUGCAGAUAGCAUUGUUUCUGAUAGCACCACAUGCCCUUCUCAACCACUCAUCUCUACAGAUGACUUUCUAGAUUGUUUGGUGAAUCCAAAAGUAAUCGGUCUGGUAGCACAACUUUUGUUACAGAAAAGAACUUGUAACUUCUAAGUAUAAUUUUUUUUUAAAUUUAAGUGAUACUACAUUAAAAGAUAUUUUUCCUUUCUUAAAAUAUAUUUUAAAGUAACUUAUUAGCUUUUGCCUUGUCAUUUAGGGUAAGUGGGUGUGAGAAUUAGCAAAUGAAAUAUGCUACAGUAUUUCCAUACAGUGAUGGUUCAAAAUUAAUGAUGAAACUGGCGUUUAUUUCAUUUAUUUAUUUAUUUAUUUUUGCUGUAUUGAUUGCUCUUUCCUCCCAUGGCAUUCAGGGUGCUGUGCUAAAAUUACUUUAUUGGGGCAGCAAAGGUGGCACGUAGAUAGAAUACCAACCCUGGAGUCAAGAGGAUCUAAAUUCAGAUCCAGUCUCAGAUACUUGACACUUACUGUAUGAUCCUGGGCAAAUUACUUAUUCCCAAUUGCCUCAGAAAAAGGUAAUAAAAUUAUUUUAUCUGUGCCUCUUUUUAAUGAAGUAGUGGUAUAGAAUAGGUAAGAUGGAAAAAUUGAGUCAGAAAAAGACAAUGAUAAUCAACAGAACAACUGCACUUUAGAUCUUAAUCCUGUAGGACAAUAGAAUUUUAGAUCUGCAAGGUUUUUGUAGAUUAAAGAACCUCAUAGAAUUUACUCAAUUCCACGUGGCUGAUAAAUGAUUAAAUUUGUGGCAGGACUUGAAAUUCCUGCUUCUUCAUCUAGUAUGAAACCAUGCCAUCUGCUUAGAAUUUGCUUGGCACCUCAGCCAUAAAGAGAAGAGAACUUCACCUCACUAAUACACAGACUUGUAUUGUAUCUGUACCAAUGACAUAUCCAGAAAGUAAACAUAGCUGAAGCAACUCUACCAGGGAGUAUGAUCAGAAAUUCAGCUCCAUUAGGGCCUACUCCCUUGUCUCUGCCUCAUAACAGUGUGAAGAAAUAUCCUUUGCUCUAGUCCUCUCAAGAGCUUUUUGAUUUUAAAAUCUUAAAAGCUAGAUUCUCAUUAAUCCUGGUGUCUGAAUUCACCUUUGAACAAAGUUCUCUAAUCCUUUUGUCCCUUCCCACUUCACUUGGACCUCUUUCUGAUUGCCAUGACUAGCAGUAAUAGAGAUUUAGAAAUAGAAGCUUCCUAAUAGAGCAGCUCCCCAACUCCACAGAAUGGAAUGCAUGACUUAAUGAGAGCAUCAAAUUCCACUCCAAUGGUAACACGGAGGAAAAAAUGUCAGGAAAUUUUAGAAGGGUCUCCAUUACCUAUAGAUAACAAGAUUGGACCAGAUAAUCUAAAUAUUGUGGUUUUAUGAUUCAACUUUUUAAAUUAGCACAUGUAGGUUUUAUAUAUAUGAAUAAGAAAAUCACCAUGUCGUGUAUAAUUUGAUGUUAGAUUCUUAAGUGCAGUUAUGCCCAACCCUGACUCACUAAUACCUCCAGAUACUCCUAAUUAUCCAAGAGCUAUCAUAAUUUUAAAAGAAAAUUGUUGUCUGUGAGGAAAAUUGCCAUAUUAGAAGUCUGAAAGGCAUGGGUUGAGAUUCCAAUCCAGUUGCCUACUAUCUGUAUAAUCUUGGACAAGUCACCCUGGGCCUUAACUUCCUCAAAUAUAAAAUGAUAAAUUUUUAAAAAUCACUAAAAUAACUCAUUUAGGCUAAACACUUUAAAAGACAUGGCAUUCAAAAUCCAUUUAAUAUGAUUUUUAAAAAAAUUUUUUUAGCUCAAAGAGCUAAUAUUUGCAAUGGAAAAACACUAAUUUUUUGGGGAGGGGGAAGGAGAGAGAGUUCUGUAUGUAACUUCAAAUCUCCAUUUUGUAGCACUUGAUGUCCUUAAGUAUUUAAUAAAUCCCAAGCAUUAAUAUGGA